AAUACAUGUUUCUUAUUAUUCCAAGUCUUCUCUCGUGCACUUUAUUAGCAGACUAUGCUUUUUACUUAAAUGUAAUCUUAUUAAUUCCAACCUUUGCGCUAAUUAAAAAUUCACCAGUUAAAUUAACGAAUGAUGAUAAUGAAAAGAAAAAAAAGAGGUGGGAAAGUGAUUCGGAUGAUGAUCUAAUUGAAUUAUCUGUAAAUGAAGAAAAAUCCGAUGAUAAGGAUUUGGCAGAUAUCUUGUCUGAUGAUUUUAACUUGUUUGUCUAUUUUGGCGGUGGACUUUCGAGUUUUCCCGAGAAGAUGGAUCUUGGGGUUGGUUCUUUUGUGUUUUCAUCAGGUAUCGUGGCUGCACGGCCGUUUUUGAAAAAACCCGAAAAUCGUUUUAAGCCAUUAAGAGGACAAUUGUUAAAGGCAGUCAAACAAGCAUUUCCAAUAUUAACACUUGGAUUUAUACGACUAAUGAUGGUAAAAGGUGUUGACUAUCAA